GCCGCCCCGGGCUCGCCAUGCUCCUGGCCUCGGCCGUGGUGGUCUGGGAAUGGCUGAACGAGCACGGCCGCUGGCGCCCCUACAGCCCGGCCGUGAGCCACCACAUCGAGGCGGUGGUGCGCGCCGGGCCCCGCGCCGGGGGCAGCGUGGUGCUGGGCCAGGUGGACAGCCGGCUCGCGCCCUACAUCAUCGACCUGCAGUCCAUGAACCAGUUCCGCCAGGACACGGGGACCCUCCGCCCAGUUCGCCGCAACUACUACGACCCGUCCUCGGCCCCCGGGAAGGGUGUGGUGUGGGAGUGGGAGAAUGACAACGGUUCCUGGACGCCCUACGACAUGGAGGUGGGCAUCACCAUCCAGCACGCCUAUGAGAAGCAGCACCCCUGGAUCGACCUCACUCCCAUCGGCUUCAGCUACGUCAUCGACUUCAGCACCAUGGGCCAGAUCAACCGGCAGACCCAGCGCCAGCGCCGCGUGCGCCGGCGCCUGGACCUCGUCUACCCCAUGGUCACCGGCACCCUGGCCAAGGCCCAGUCCUGGCCCGCCAGCCCCGCGUCGGCCCCCGCGCCCGCCGCCCCGGCCUGCUCCUGCCCGCAGUGCGUCCUGGUGAUGAGCGUCAAGGCGGCCGUGGCCCACGGGAGCACCGCACCGCUGCAGCCCCCCGCGGCCCGCAAGAACCUGCCCCCCGCGCCGGGCCCUGGGGCCAAGUCUCCAGAUGGCCUGGGCACCAUCCGGGCCCCGGUGAGGACCGUCCCGUCGCAGGCGAUCCGGCGACAGGCCUCCAGCACACCGGCAGGGGGGACCGUGGGCUCUCCUGCCAGUCCCCCUGGAGCCAACGGCAAGACCGGAAGGGUGGCCCUGGCGACUUUAAAUCGGACCAACCUGCAGCGACUGGCCAUUGCCCAGUCCCGGGUGCUGAUCGCCUCCGGGGUCCCCACCGUGCCAGUGAAGAACCUCAAUGGGUCCAGCCCUGUUAAUCCUGCCUUGGCAGGAAUCACUGGGAUUCUCAUGAGUGCAGCGGGCCUGCCCGUGUGUCUUACCAGGCCCCCGAAGCUGGUCCUCCACCCGCCCCCUGUCAGCAAGAGUGAAAUCAAAUCCAUCCCAGGGGUUUCCAAUACGAGCCGCAAAACUACCAAGAAACAAGCCAAGAAAGGUAAAACCCCAGAAGAAGUGCUGAAGAAGUAUCUGCAGAAAGUCCGGCACCCACCAGAUGAGGACUGCACCAUCUGUAUGGAGCGUCUCACGGCCCCCUCGGGUUACAAGGGCCUGCAGCCAACGGUCAAGCCUGACCUGGUGGGAAAGCUGUCCAGAUGCGGCCACAUCUACCACAUAUACUGCCUGGUUGCCAUGUACAACAACGGCAACAAGGAUGGGAGUCUGCAGUGUCCCACGUGUAAGACCAUUUAUGGAGUGAAGACAGGCACCCAGCCCCCGGGAAAGAUGGAGUACCACCUCAUCCCUCACUCCCUGCCUGGCCACCCUGACUGCAAAACCAUCCGGAUCAUCUACAGCAUCCCUCCCGGCAUUCAGGGGCCAGAGCACCCGAAUCCUGGGAAGAGUUUCAGCGCCCGUGGCUUCCCACGACACUGUUACCUCCCGGACAGCGAGAAAGGAAGAAAAGUGCUGAAGCUGCUGCUUGUGGCCUGGGAUCGCCGCCUCAUCUUUGCCAUCGGUACCUCCAGCACCACAGGCGAGUCAGAUACGGUCAUCUGGAAUGAGGUCCACCACAAGACGGAGUUCGGCUCUAAUCUCACAGGUCAUGGCUACCCAGAUGCCAAUUAUCUGGAUAACGUGCUGGCUGAACUGGCUGCCCAGGGCAUUUCUGAGGACAGCACUGCCCAGGAGAAGGACUGAGCUGGGCGGGGGUGGGGUGGGGUGGUCUUUGGACCAGGGAGGGCUGUGGGGACCACAGGGCAGGAAGCGGGGGAGUCAAGAUGGAGGUUGGUGCCAUGCCCUCCCAACUCCCUCAUCUCCCCUUCUGUCCUGUCCCCAUCCCCCAUCCCUCUCGGCCACGGGUGGGGAGCGAGAUUGAGUAAGGUGACGUCAUUCAUAAACCUCAUCCACCACAAAGGGGACAUGGGAUGAGGGCCAUCCUCGGUCUAUUCCCAUGGAGUUUUCGGUGCUGGGUAGGCAAGAACCCCCCCACUCCCCUAAAUAGGGGGCAUGGUCAGCACACUUAGGGUAUGGACAGUGUGUGAGCACUCCAUACCCUGGCCUUGUGAAGCCUGGGGUUCAGUACCUCAGCUGGCUUCUUGCUGCUUCCACUCUGCUUCAAGAGCGGAGUUUCUGCUUUUCUCUCCUCCUCUGGAGGCGAGGAGCUCUCACUGUGCAAGAUUGGGGGGCAAAGGGGUGAACCGCUAAUCUGCUGUGACAUCAGAAAUCGAUGCCUCGGUGUACAGCGAGGAAGCACUUCUCGCCAAGAGGGUCAGGGAGGCAAAGGCUUCUGGGAGCACAUUCAGCUCCCAUAAUAGUCCUUGGCUUCCCUGGGCCCUCCCUCCUCAAAUUUUUGACCUGUCCAAAGAGGCAUCCGGUUCUCUUGUGCGGAUGGAUGGACUCUGGGAUUCCUCUCAGGGGUGGCAUCCCAUGAUGUUUCCAGCCCCUCUCUGAUCAGACCAGAGUCUGCAUCCCACUUUGCAUCUGAACUGUCCUCAGGGAGAGGAGCCCAUAGCCUUCUUCCCAACUCAUCCCAGACCAGCUCAAAGAUUCCAUGAGUUUCAUCCAGUCACUGUGAGUAGAGUCCACGCUGGGCUCUGUGCCAUCUGUGUCUGUGCAGAUAUAUGUGUGUGUGCGUGUGCACCACUGGGCCAGGCUGGUGGACGGUCCCAUCCUGUUCUCCCAUUCUGUUUUGCAACUGUCAAACUCCAGUUCUGAUAGGGAUCAAACAACCAGGCUGUGGUUCCUUGACUCUUCUCACCCUUUGCCAACCUGUCCCAUAGUAAACGUGGACCUGGAUGGUAGUGAUCACGCAUCUUGCCAGUUGCCCCAGGGAACUGUGUUUGGGGAGAUGUGUAAGAUGAGGGCUGGACUGACCCCUUUUUAUAUCUCUUUGGAAAUUGGAUCUAACCAUUCUAUCCAGUCUUGUUUCUAUGAGGGCUCUGAUUUGUCUCCAUGCACGUUUGCUAAUCAGAGCCCAGAGGUGGUGCUGGGCCCCUCAUCUACUACAGAUUGGCCUAGAGCGUGGAGGGAGGCUUUUUAGCUCAUUCCUAACAGGAUUGGGACCACAUCAUGGUCCAGUCCACCCUGCAUUUGGGUUGUGUCCCAAGACUCUGUCUGUCCCCUCCCCAGCAUUCCUCUUGCUUUUUGCUCCCCUUAAGGAAUGAAUUGGAGGUCAGGGAGGAGAGAAGGGGGAAUCGAGAAGGGAAACCCAACUCCCCCUUUGAAAGUGGGUUCUUUGAACUAUGUGUUUGGGGGAAGUUCCUCUGGAUACUAAUUUGAAUUUAUAUACCUCAUGUUUUGGGGGUUUGACGUAUAUAUAUUCCAUAUAUAUUUCAUAAUAUUCAGAAGGUUUUCGAUGCUAGAAAAAUUGAAACAAAAGAACCUUCAGAAAUGGUACUUAAGUUAGAACCUGAAGCCAGGCUUUCCUGCAGACUGGCUCCGUAGCCGCUUGCUGUUCAUCCGCAGCCAUUUUGAUGUUGGUGUGGCCGGUGGGUUCACCUGAGUGUCUCUCAGUUCCUUGGGAUGUGCUGGUGCUGAGCCUUUCCUCAUCCUCCCCAUUUGCUGUCUGGAUGCUACCGGCUCCAGCAGAGGGAGCCCUGGUAGGAGGAUCCGUUCCUGACACCUUAGUUCCAGUUUCUCCCAUCAGCUGGCCGCCAUCUUAUCGCACCAGCGGACCAGAACAUUGGGCCUGAGUUCACCGCACCACAGGGCACAGUUUCCUGCCACAGUCAGGAGGAAACACCUGAACUCAGUGGAAGGGACGUCACCGUGGUGUUUCAUAUCACACCCGUGCCCUUGGCCAGGCUACCGUGUACCAGACAUCGCUGAAGGGCCUCCUCGUAGACCAUCUCCGCCUCCAGCGGGAGGCCUGGGCCAAGCAUCUGCUGAGCUUCUCACCCACAGGGAUGAGGAAACAGACUGAGGGUCGGUGGGUAGAAACCCACAGCUGUGGAGCGGGUGGGGAGAGAAAGAAAACACGCUGUGACACCUGGCAGUGGGCAGCGGGGAGAGGCUGGCUUCCCCACAGGAGGCAGAAGAAGGGAUGCAGGGGGAAGGGGACAGCAGGUGAAGAAGGGAGAGGACUCAGAGGGGGCCAGGCGGGCAGCGUGCCGGGGGCAGUUCCACGUUGAGAGUAAGUCUUCAUACCUCCAAGCCUUCCCUCCUGGGAUGCUGACUGUGUUUGUGCCCCAGUUCCCUUCCUCCCACCCCCGAGGAUGCUCCGAAAGGGCGACCACAUCCUCAUGCUGCCCUUCUUGUGGGGCUUUCCGGGCAGAAGGGAUCUUGAAUCUCCUUCCUAACACUGUGCCUGGCAAAGAGGGGGGCGUCCCUUUGCCCCUUCUCCCUGCCAGCCUGGAAAGGCACAGUGUCGGGCUCAGCGAGAGCCCUGCCGGCAGAGGUCCUGAGCACCCACCACCCCCGACAUAGGAUGUUUUCCCACCACUGUUCUCGCUGUGUCCCCUGGCCUGCGCGGGGAAUCCCAUGCCUUGCCUUUCAUGCACCAGCAGCCUAGUUUCUCCCUCUUGAGUCUCCAGGGAUGACAGAUGGGAUUGAGGACAAACUGUCAGAUGCCCGUCCCUUUGAGGUUAAUUGUGUAUAUGUGGUUGUGCGUGCCUUUGUGUUUCAUACCCGCUCCCCGGCCCUUUUUUGUAAAACUUGGAUUUCUCUGUGGUUUUAUACUUGGUCGAAAGUACUCGUCCUGGUAUUGCACGAUUGUGUGCAUGAGAGGGUAGGGGGCAGUCCCCGUGUAGCACAGGAGAGGGCCCUGUGCCCUUUUCUUGUCUGUGCUCACUGGCAUUUGAGUGGGGGAUUCCUGGGAGAGGGAAGGUGAAUGUCCUGAUGUAAAUCAUUGUGACCCGUGUUUUGAAGUCCUUGGUGUUGCUCUGUGAGAGGACAUCGCCACCUGGUGCUCACGAGGUGUGUGUGCAGAACAAUAAAUGGCAAGUGAACAACCACAAA